AUGAGUAGCCCUCCAAACGAGAUUCCUCCUCGCAGGACAACGGUGUCUGAUAGAACGGGCCAGCCUGUUGUAAAUUCCCCUAUUCCAGGUCGGACGGCUAGUGUAAGAAGUGACAUUUCGAGCCAGAGUAGUGCCUCGUUGAUAACGACGAAUACGAUACCACCGAGAAGCAUAAUACCGUCCCCGACGAGCCCCGUGACUGGCAACCAGAUGCUCUUUUCUGCUAUGGCUUCUCAGCAGUCACCAAUAUCACCGACAUCAUCAACCUCAAGUUUGCCACUUUCUGCUGGUGGUGCGGUUGCUGGGCAAUCGGCCAGUGCGAAUAGUACAAGUGAUAGCUUUGGACCAUUGCCACAGGGCUGGGAACGUCGCCAAGAUGGGGUUGGAAGAAUCUACUAUGUCGAUCAUUCAACUCGGACAACCACAUGGAAGAGACCAAUUGCCCAACAAACAAAAGCAGACUCCCUCCAACAAGCCGCAAACGCACGCCUAAUAGAUUGGAGACAAGCUCAACAACGAACUCUACCAAACGUUGACGCUUCAGCCAUGAACAUGGAUGCUUUACAGGCUGCUCUACCAAAUCAACAGCCACAACAACCACAAGUACAAUAUAUUAUUCCUCAACAGCAACAAUCAAUAGCAUCUCAACAGCAACAGCCAACAAUACAACAGCCUAAUAUGUUAAAUAUGCAACUGACACCUCAACAGCAGCAAGCUGCCGCUCAGCAACAACAGCAGUUGCAGAGACAGUUACCGCUACCUCCUGGCUGGCAGAUGCAUUAUACUGCUGAUGGGAGGUCGUACUUUGUCGACCACAAUACACGAACAACAACAUGGCACGAUCCACGAAUCACGCUUCUACAACGUCAAGUAGAGUUACAACGUCAAGCCCAAAGUGCACUUGCAAAUGGUGGUGCACUAACACAGGAACAAAUCACUGUCUUACUUGAACAAGUCAGUCGUCAAAGUCAAGAGAUUUUAGGUAAUCUCCCAGCAGGUUGGGAAAUGAGAAUGAUGCCCAAUGGAAGGACGUACUUUGUUGAUCAUAAUACGAAGCAGACCAGUUGGGAUGAUCCGAGAUUGCCUAGUAGUUUAGGGCAAGAUGUACCACAGUAUAAACAAGAUUUUAGACAAAAGCUAGUCUUUUUACGAACCCAACCUCAUAUGCGACUCCAACCAGGCCAAUGUCAAAUCACAGUCCGACGAGACAACAUCUUUGAAGACUCGUACGCCGAAAUAAUGAAACUACCCGCCCAUCACCUCAGAAAUCGUCUCAUGAUAACCUUUGCCGGUGAAGCUGGCAAAGACUUUGGAGGACUGUCACGAGAAUUCUUCUUCCUACUAUCCCACGAAAUGUUUAACCCAUUCUAUUGUCUAUUUGAAUACUCUGCUUCCGAUAACUAUACUUUACAGAUAAAUCCAAACUCGGGUAUAAAUCCAAACCAUUUGAAUUAUUUUAGAUUCGUUGGACGGGUGACUGGAUUGGGGAUUUUUCAUCAAAAGUAUAUUGAUGCUUUCUUUAUAUCGGCGUUUUAUAAGAUGCUGUUGAGGAAGAAGAUUACGUUGCAGGAUUUGCAAGGGGUUGAUUUGCAGCUUUAUAAUAAUCUUCAGUGGGCUCUACAAAAUCCAAUUGACGAUAUGGAAUUUACCUUCUCAACAGACGAAGACCAAUUCGGAGCCACUGUAACUGUAGAUCUGAAACCCGAUGGUCGCAACAUUCUAGUAACAGACGAAAACAAGGUCGAAUACUGUGAUCUCUUUGUACGACAUCGUAUAUACGAACGAAUCAAGGAUCAGUUCAGUGCUUUUGCAGCUGGAUUCCAUGAAAUCAUACCAUAUGAAAUAAUCAGUGUGUUUGAUGAACGAGAAUUGGAGUUGUUGAUUGCCGGAACGAAUGAAGUUGAUGUGGAUGAUUGGAAAAAGCACACUGAUUAUAGGACGUAUAAUUCAGAAGAUCAGGUUGUCAAGUGGUUUUGGCAGCUUGUACGAGAAUGGGAUACAGAAAAGAAAGCUAGAUUGUUGCAAUUUGUUACUGGUACUUCUCGAGUACCUAUCUCUGGAUUCAAAGAUUUGCAAGGGGCUGAUGGUCCAAGGCGGUUCACCAUUGAAAAAGGAUCUGAUGAUCGAGGAUUACCGAAAUCGCAUACCUGUUUCAAUCGUAUUGAUUUGCCUGAUUACAAGUCGUAUGAGACACUGGAGCAGAAGUUGACUAUGGCCGUCGAAGAGACUCAAGGAUUUGCAGAGCAAUAA